AUGCAUCUAUUUCUUGGUUGGCGUCCAAUGCAGGAUCAUAUUGGUUCUUUAGGACAUACAAUUGAACAUUGUUUAUGGGGUGAUAGUCGUGCUCGCCAUACAUUUUUAUUAGCAUCAACUGAUGAAUGUCCUUUAGUUUUAAUUGAAAUUGAUGUUGGUGAUAAUAAAAAUGGUAUUCAAAAAAGUAUGAAAUUAAAUAUUGUUGAAUUAAAUGAAAUACCCGAAGAUAUUGAAAGAAUUGAAUGUAUUGGUGAAACUAAAUCUGAAAAAGCAUUAGAAAAUCUUAUUCAAUCUGCACAAAAUUAUGUAUAUAAUCAUCCAAAUUAUCAUGUUUUAUUAAAUAAUUGUCGAACAUUUGUCGAAUAUCUUAUUGAUCAAAUACCUGAAUUUCAUGAUUCAAUACCACGUAAAAAUGGUUCUAUACUUGAAUAUUAUCAUAAACAAGCAAAACAUGAACAUCCAGGAGCAAUAUUUAAAAGUAAAAAACUUCUGAAACGUAUUCGAGAUCAUCAUCAACACAAUAAAGAAUACAAAUAUACUCGUCAAUUAGUCUUAGACCUACCACUACUUGAUUGGGACAUAAAUAAUAAUAAUAAUACACAAACUGUUGAAAAAUAA